CGCGUGGAACCUGGAAACGAUAAGAUAUUUCCUAAAUUCGUUCCCAAUUUUCUCUUCACUCCUAAAAUUUCGUGGGAGCUCGACUGAGGUACACCGUUAACAUGUGGAAGCUGACGAGAUUAUUUUGCAUUUUCUCGGUCUCUCCUCGGUGUAGCUCCUCCAGAUGCCAUUCAUCGAUUACAAGACAAGAUAUCGGCAGAUACUUUGAACAAGUUGUUGCUGAAAGUUUGAAGAAAUACUCAUUUGAUGUAACUGCUUGCGGUGGACCUAGAGACAGAGGUAUUGAUUUUAGAGGGGCAUGGCUUUUGAAAUCGUCCCCUGUGCGUGUUAUUGGGCAGUGUAGGCGCCACAAGCGACGCUUAGGUCCAAAGCAUGUACGUGAAUUGGAGGGUACUUUGAGUCAUGAAGUGAAAGGAACUCUGGGUAUCAUCGUGUCAGAGAGUGGUUACAGCAAAAGUGCCUAUGAGGUUUUCAUGGGUUCUCCUUAUCCUGUUGUCCUUACAGCAUUAACAGGCUACAGUGAUGAUUUACUUCAGUGGUAUUUUGAUCAAGAAAGUCAUGAAAACAAUUGCAACAAAAGUCAAGAUUUUGCAGAUUGUAAUUCAUACAAAAAUGUACAGUAUCCAAAAGCGGAUGAUUCUUUACCAAGUGACAUCAAAACACUGGACAACUACAGACAGAAUUAUUUGAAAAUUAAUAAGAUGGAUGGAACUGAUCAUGAAGAGGUAGAAUUUUUUCAUGAAAAGUCAGUACAACAAGAAGAAGAGAGGAAUCUUGUCAACAAAGAUGAAUCUAGGGGGUUAGCAGAGUCAGCCAUAUUCUCAAUCCCUCAUCAUUAUGGUUCCUCUGUGAGAACAGGGAUGGACAAUGAAUUAUUGGUGAACAAAGUUGGGAAAAUUGUUAGGGAUGGUGAAAAGUUAACAAACUCUGAUUUUCUUGAUUUGGGUCAAGGACAGUUUACUAUGUUUGAGUUAAAUCCAGCUGCAAGAAAGUUAUUACCAAAUGUGGUAGUUGGUUUGGAGUACAGAAUGCAAAAUUCUAGAACACCUGAGCUUUUCUUGCAUGAAGACAAUUCAUUUGUUAAUUUACCAGAUCAAUAAUGGUAAUUGUACUGAGUGGACUGCAAUUUGGUCUGAAAUCAAGUGCAUGAUUUCAACAUUAAAUGAAUGUGCAGCACAAGUUUGAUUAGAAAUCACAAGUAUGAUUUCAGAUGAAAAUUGAGCAAUGUGAAAUUAAAUUGCCACUUUAUUACAUUUACUUUAAAAGUGCAAAACUCAGUCACUCAAUACAAUUGAGUUCUCAAAGUUGUCUCUCAUUUUCCUGCAAUUUGAUUAAUUAAUUUCUUUAAACAAGCCCUGAAAUUUGAUUGGUUGUUGUUUUAGUAAAGCUGAGUCAUUUUCUGGGAAAAGGUGCCAUUUAGAACAUAAAAUGGUGCAAUUUGUGAAUAAAUUGCACCUGUUAGAGCCAAUCAGAUUGCAAGGAUCACAAGUGAUUUUAAAAUGGAUGUAAUAAAAUGGUAGAGAGUCGAACCUGUAUUAUGUGGCACCAUGUUAAGUGGUCACCCUGUAUUAAGUGGUUUGUUGUCAAAGUCCCGAUUUUAAUUUCCCUUUGUUACAGUAAUUUUCACCUAUUUUGAGCAGUGAACUCUAUCAAGUGGUUGUGGUCACCCUUAACUAAGUUGCAACAGCCUGUUUGUAUUGUCUUCCACCUGUAAUGAAUGGUCUCCUAAAACAAAACCACUCAAAUAAAGCUAUAGGAAGAAUAAUUCA